AAUGGCAAGAGGUGAAGGACAUCCCACUGGAGGCCAAAGGAGCUUUGUGAAGCCAGCGGGACACAAUACAUGGAGAGAUGACCAACCAAUCACUGUUGAUGAGGGUGGUGGAACCUCAAACCAGCACGUUAUUGUGAUCGAGUCUGCAGAUGCAGAGGCUGCAGGUCCUGGGGUCAAGCAGGAGAGGUCUGAAGGUGAGGAGGACCCAUGGCACAGCAGAGACAUCCAGACUGGAGUAGCUGGAGCACCCCCUGUAGACACGGAGGACCCCACCACCGUCCCAGCGCAGCCCAGGAUCAGAUGCAGCAUCACGGAGGAUGAGGGUCCAGAGGUGCUGCUGGUGAAGGAGGAGGGAUGUGAGGAGGGUCUGGAAAACCCUGAGGGGACCAUUGUCAUGGAAGACAACCAGACUACACCUCCUCCUGAACGCCCAGCUGAGCAGCAUAGGACAACACACAGUCUCACAGAGUCAGUAGACAUGGAGGAUGGGAAGCCUGAUCUGCUGCUGGUCAAAGAGGAGACGAUAGAGGACGGACCAGAGAGCAUUGACCUGCUGAGUGGACUAAAGAUGGUGGAGCAAGGUGAUUGGCUGGAUAAUAACAGAGGAGACUGGGCGGCCAUCUUGGAUUUCCAGACCCCGACCGGUGCAGCUAAGGUUCCAGGGGACAACAUCACUGAGCAGGCCAGGACCAGUGACGACAUAGUGGAGUCUACAGUCCACGAGGACCAGUUGAUAUCUGGUGUUGCUUGUGGGAGAGACUGGCCCCGGAUCAGAACCCUGGGUCCGGAGCCAUCACUCUUCCUUCCCGGGUUGAAGCCAGGACAGAACCACAAGGGACAGAGACUCCACGACCACACAGAACAAAACCAGUGGACAGGUGGACUGAACAACCUCAGUCCUGGUGGAUAUCAAAAAGACAGAGGCUCCAGUCAGGGAUCCAGUCUGCAGCCCAGACCCUUCUCUUCACAGUCUCAGUGCAGGGAUGAUACAGGGCCUGGGGCUGAUAGAGAUCGACCCUCCUGUUCCUAUGAUACAAACACCACAGUAUCCAUGAGGAACAGAGCAGGUCACCCUGGGCUUCAGCCUUCACAGAGAGCAGUGGGAGACUCCCCUGGUGGUAGUCUAUCAGCAGGUCUGUCUUCUCCUUCAGGGUUUCAUCUAAUGCCUGGUGACUUGGUUCAUAGAAGGUCUGGACCUGGAUCUAGGCUUCCUCAGUUACUUCAUGGUUACCCCACCAAUACAGACAGGGUCAGAAUGGGUGUUCAUCACAAGAGGUAUCUAGCUUAUAACACAGCACACAAUCCCAACAAUACCCAAACAAUGGCUAGAGGUCAAGGAGGGAACUCAAAGACUAACCACCUGAGGGUGGUGGCUCCUGCUUCUACCUCUAGUGUCAUUGGGUCACAAUGUGGGAGGCUGAGUAUUAGGACGGACGCCGACAAGCCAUAUGCCUGCCCCACAUGUGGGAAGCGCUUCGCUGAUGCAAAUUAUGUGAAGAGGCACCAGACCGUUCACACCAAGGAGAAGCCCUUCAAGUGCAAACUAUGUUACAAGAGCUUCUCCUUCUUGACUAGCCUUAUCAGACAUAAGAGUGUCCACAAAGGGGAAAAAUCAUAGCAGUGUGGCUUGAGAAGUACGCAGGGGAUGUCUGGGAACUAUUCUUUGGCUGAAAUAUAGUUCUCAUGUGAAGUGUCUUGGGGUAAGAGGAUAAUUAAUCACAUACCCCUCAUUAACUUGUAAUUUAAAAACAGGCUUGUGUAAAUACUUGUUUUUAAGAGACAGUACAUCUAGGAUAGAACAAAGACAGUUUAAUAUUUACCUUACUGAGGUAAUGUAAAUGGAAUAAAGUAAUUAUACUUUUC